AUGGAGGUCGCGAUCAUAGGAGGUGGUCCUGCAGGACUAAGCGCAGCCUUGGAGAUGGCGCAGCUGCCUCAUAUCAAUUGGAAUCUGUACGAGAAGAAGAGCCGAAUCAGCGAGACAGGCGGAGGAAUGUCAUUGCAGACGCACAUAUGGAAGUUGCUCGAGCUCAAUGGCACCGCCAAGCAUAUCCGCCCAACAGAUUACUUUCGGUCUCCCAAUGGCCUGGUCGAGCAAAGGCGCAAUGGGCGCAGCGGCGAAGUUUUGGUCACGAAGUACGAACCAGACAGUGUCCCCCGACAUCAACGAAGCUGCCGAUUAGCUCGCGCUAAGCUCCAAGGUGCCCUUCUAAAGGAGGUUGACCGCAAGCGUGUGCAUGUCGAAAAGCGUCUCAUCGCAAUCGACCACCUCCCGAAUGACCGCAAUCGCAUUCGUCUGACUUUCCAGUGUGGAUAUAUCGCCGACGUCGAUUUACUGGUGGCGGCGGAUGGCUCAAGAUCGCUUGUCCGCACACUGGCCUUCCCGGGCGUCGUGCCCCGCUAUAACGGACAAUGCGUAUACCGCACCAUUGUAAGCAAGGCUGAUGCGGAGAAGAUUGAAGGGAUCCCAUGGGGUCCAGUCUUCUGGAAGAAUGUCAGCGGACUUUAUGUCUUCACUUGCCCUCUUGGGGAUGAUGAUUUUGAGGUGACAGCACGUAUACGCCGCUCUCGAAGCGACAAAGAUACGGUCAGCUGGGGGCAGCCGUUCGACUUGCAUACACUACUACACGAGUUUGACGACUUUUGUCAGCCAGUACGGGACAUUCUGCGUCUUGCUGCCCGAGGCAAAACUCAGGAGUUCGCGCUCUGCCCUCUGCCUCCCCUAGAGCGUCCCAUCUCCCACAAUAUUGCUUUCGUCGGUGACGCAUGCCACGCUCUGCUUGGGAACUUUGGAUGUGGUGUCGGGUUGGCUCUGGAGGAUGUUUACACUUUGGCCAGAACUCUUAAUUGGGCGUGGAAGCGGGAUAGAUCUUUAAGCGAUGCGUUGGGAGCAUUUCACGCUAUCAGGUCUCCACACUUUAAACGCCUCUACAACCUCAUGUCAAAUUUCGCCGACAUCAAAGCUACAAUUCGAGCAGAGUCUUUACCGACGGACCAGGAGAUUUCUGUGCGGGUCCAAAGAAUAUCGGAAGCAUCACAGUCAUGGAUGUGGUAUUAUGAGAUCGAUAAGGCCGUCGAUGAGUUUCUUGAGGCAUACUAG